CUCGAGGUGCUCCAGCAACUUGUCGGGUCGCAAGAUGCCCUUCGCAUGUAUUUGGUGUCACCCCUUCCAAGCGAAUCAUCGCCGGCUACGCAGCGCAUCAAGGCAUCAUUUGGUGAGUCGCCAUCUGUAAGCUUCGAGCACUGCCUUUACCGAGAGACGCACACACAGGCAGCCAGCAGUUACAUCUUCCGUAGCCAGCAGACGGGAAGCCGUACCAUCAUAAACUACAAUGACCUACCGGAAAUGACAGUUGACGAGUUCGAGACCGUUGUGCGGAGAUUCAGUGCCAGCGAUGAGACCUGGUGGCACUUUGAAGGCCGCAUACCCAAUACUACGUUAGAGUGCAUCCGCAGGCUGCGUGAUAAGCUUCCAAACGCGCAAAUCAGCGUCGAAGUCGAGAAACCGGGCAGAGAUGGGCUCCGUGAACUCGCAGCCGAGGCCAACGUGGUCUUCUACUCCAAAUCCUGGGCAGAGAGCUGUGGUCAUGGGUCUGCCGAGUCGUGUCUCGUGGACGAGCAACGACGACGCGAAGCGUCCCUUGCUCUACUGGUAUGCACUUGGGGUGCGGAGGGAGCCGCCAUGUGCCAGUCCUCUGAGCAGAUUGUCCACUGUCCCGUUGAAAGCCGUGAAAAGUCCAUUUCGGUCGUUGACUCGGUGGGAGCGGGUGAUACCUUCGUUGCGGGAAUGCUCUACAGCCUGGUCUGUCGCAAUAGAAGCUGGGAUGUAAGCCACGGGCUGAGAUUCGCCGUGCACCUGGCCACGACAAAGGUCCAGAGGGAAGGGUUUCAGGGGCUCGGCGCACAUGUC